UUUAAAAGUUAGAGAGAGAGAGAAUUAGCUUAUGGAGUCUAAUAGGUAUGACUAGGGAACCUACUUUAGAUGAUGCCUACAACUAGAGAAGAAGAAACAUGUAGGAUGAUGAGGAUGGUAUUCCCUAAUGAGGAUUAAAUUAAAUUGUAAGAGAUUCUUUUCAGUAAAUAAAUAAAUAAAAAUAUACACAUAACGACUUUAAUUUUCUUUUUGAAAAUGGCAUGGUGGAAAACCGUAUUACACGGUAUCCUAAUAGGAAUAGCAGGAUACGAAGUCGGUAAGGAAAAUUCUGGAGAGAAAAACGCUGAAAAUAAACUGGUCAGGUAUGAACCAAAACUCAGUAUAGAAAACAAAGAAGAAAUCUCAGAUAAAUGGUUAUCUAUUUUCACAUGCGUAACUACAUUUUUAUUUGUCGCAAUUGCAAUUCUAUUAAAAAAUUAUAUAAAGAAUAAACUGAGACAAUUGAACACGGUACAACAACGCGUCUAAACAAAAAAUUCGAUAUUCCAAGAAAUGAACCAAUGGCAAGAAAUAUACGACGUAUUAUCUCAAGAAAAAACAAAAGCUAGUAAGUCGUACAAAUGCAUAAAUAAAAACGCUACUAUAAAAAUAGAAACAGUAGUAAAGCAUUUGAACAUAAUUUUAAAAGCUCUAAAAAGAAUAAGACAGGUGAUCAAUACAACAGACCGUAUACUUACCAAAGAACACCAGAAAGAAGUCCGCCAAUUUUUCUUCGCCGUACGAGAUAAGUUGGUAUCUUCUUUAGCUAGACACAAUAUAGAAGUAACAAUACCAACCACAGUAGAGGAAAAACUCCAGAUCGAUUUCAAUUCAAUUUUAUCAGAACGUGCUCAGAGCCCGAUUCCAUCACCUUCCUUGAGCCAAACUCCAUCAGUGGAAGAAAAGAAACCGUUAGGCAUCCCAAUCAUAAACGUCACAAUGGUGCAAACUGUAGUCGAAUUUGUUAAAACUGCUUCAUCAGUGCUACCAGAGUUUGAUGGUAAGCCGGAGAACUUACACAGUUUCCUAGACGCCCUUGAUAUACUUGAUCAAAUCAACGAUGAUCACGAAGCCUUAGCGAUAACAAUGAUAAAAACCAAGCUAAAAGGCAUGGAAAGAAAUUUUAUCAGUACCGAAAACACAAUAGAACUGAUAAAAACAAAAUAAAGGGUGAAUCAGUAGAAGUUUUAACCGCUAACUCCUGAACAUCCAACAAC